CUUUCAGCUGGGAGCAAAGCGCUCCCAUAAAAGUCACGUCACUUCCUUGCCCAUCCCUAAAGGAAAAAAAGAAAUAUCGGAGAGAACAGCGACGCCAGAAAAGUCUGUAAAAGAAGAAAAACGAGGAUAUUUAAAGAAGCUAUCGCUUAAAAGAGGAACAAACAGUUGCAACAAUGCCUCUCCACAAAUCAUCCCGAGCUCCUCGUCUGGACCCCACCAUGAUCUCAGCUCCUCUGGGUGAUUUCCGUCACACCAUGCACAUCGGUCGUGGUGGAGACGCUUUUGGGGACACCUCCUUUCUGUCCAGCCAUGGGCCCUCAAGUCCAGAUCCCAACACCGCUCAACCAGUCACGGCCACCCCCUCCAUGACUGAGAACCAAGACAUUGAGACAAACCAUAACGAUGAAAUGAAAUACGUGGAAGAUAGCAGUCCAAGCGAGCUCCGACAUUCCGAUUCAGUUUCUUCAUUUGACCUCGAUUUGGAUUUAGGGCCUUCGAUUUUGGGAGAUGUUCUGGGAGUGAUGGACGGACUGACGAUGGGUUCUUGCAAAGGCAACGAAGAGGUUUUUACGAGUGGAUCGAAAGAUGCGAUGAUGUCAUCAAGAAAUGUUGGUAAUGAGUUGAACGAGAGGAUGAGAAUGGAAAGCUUGAGCAGAGAGUUGAGAGACGAGCAGCUGAAUGAGGUCAACGGCAUCAAAUCCAAAGGGCUCAGGCCUAAAGUGCGCUUCAGCGACAAGCGCGAUGAGAUCAUCGGUCGUCAGGAAGUGAUCGAGGGGCUUGAAGCUGAAGGAGAAGAAAUGAGGCCAAAUAAAGGGAUGCAGGAGAUAAGUGGGAGGACGGCUUUCGAUAAAGACCCGAGACAAGAGGAGAUGGUUAACCGAAGAGAGGAAAACUCUCCGAGCCUUUCUUCCUCAGCGAGCUCAGAAUAUGAAGGAGUCUCACCGCUGGACAGAAGGAGAGAAGACCAACACCUUUCAGAUUCUGAUUCAGAGGAGGAGACUGCCAAUGGAGAACAGGGAUACACGUUUGAGGACGAGCUUGAUGAUGAAAUCGGGCUUUAAGAGGACAUUGCAAGCAUUUUGAGGACCAAAAAGAAGUGGAUGGAUCAAGUGAACUGAAGCAUUUAAAAAAAAAAAAACAACCAACAAGGAGAGAAAAUUACUUCUUGAGGACAAUUUGGAACUCUCUUUUAUAGCCUUAUGAAGUUUACGAUUGCGUUUACUCGUUUUCGGAUCUAUUUUAUGAGAAAAGGACGGUUUUGUAUUUUUAUUGGAUUUUAUUACUACAUAUUCUGAAAGUCUCCCACGGACGGUGAGAUAAUAUAAAAGAAUAACCCAGGAAACAGUCUUACAAGUACGUCUCCCAAGGUUUAAGCUGUAUAAUAUUGAACAGCAAAUCUUCCACUUUAUAGAUCUGUUAUGGGGCACUUCACCUUGUUCAGGUAACUGGAAACCAAUUUAAUCUCGAUGUAAAGGAAAUAGCUGGAGUUCAUAGAAAACUGAAACCAAAGGGGGUGUUUACACACACAUCAUUGUUCAACGCCAAACAAGUCAAAGCCAUUUUGUUGCCUUAAUGCAAACACAAAAUGGGUUUCAAAGUGCCGUUGUUGUUCUGUGUAAAAAAAGAAAAAGAAAAAAAGAAGUGAUUUUAUGACAAUUGUGGAAUCACUCACAAUUUGCUUUGAGUAACCAAAACAAAAAUGCUGGACUGCAAGACAAUAGCUGCGUCCCAAAUAGCAUACUUAUGCACUAUUCUACGCCAUUUUGUAGUAUACAUAGUCUAAGUAGUGCGUUCACACUGAAAACUAAAAAUAAGAAGUGCACUUUAAUUACCCGGAUGAUGCACUCAUUCAGCUGGUAAAGUGAAGUGUGUAAUGAUGGACACUUCACACACUCAACGACCGCAGCUUUGCUCACGUGGCGGAAGGGACAAAGGUAUCAGGCGCACAUGUUUGAUAACUAUUUAUUUUGGAUGGUGAAAAUUCUCCUCUGAGAGUGGUUAUAGCACCUCCCGUUGGUGAAUGUGGUUACACUCAUGGCAGGAAUUACUUGGUAUUUUGGUCAUUUAUUUCACUGAUUUGGCAGCCGUCAAACGUCAUCAGGGAAAUGGUUUGAAUUUCCGCUUAGUAAAAAAACAUUAGUGUUUCAUUUGGGACAACACUACAUACAUAUACUAAGCUGUUGAGUGUGUAAGUGCAUAAGUACAGUGCAUAAGUGUAUAGUGUGCCAUUUGAGACGCAGCUAUAGUGCACAGGCGAGUAGUGUUUCUUUAAAAAGUGGCAUCGCUACCUACUGGCCUGGCAUGCAUAUUACAUGCAUAGUCAUUUUUGUGGUUUGUUUAUAUGUGGCCUUGAACCACAAAACAUUCAUGAGGAUCAUUCAUUAUCCUUGGGCUUAGAUCCUUUAUUCAUCAGGGGUUAGUCAGCACAGUGGAAUGAACCGCCAACUUAUCCAGCAUAUGUUUUACACAGCGGAUGCCUUUCUUGUUGCAACCCAGUACUGGGAAACACCUUACAUGCACACAUAUUCACUACGGCCAAUUUAGUUUAUUCAAUAUAUUAUAGCACAUGUCUUUGGACUGUGGGGGAAACCGGAGCACCCAGAGGAAACCCACGCCAACACCCUCUACACAGAAAUGCUAACUGACCCAGCUGGGACUUGAACCAGCGACCUUUUUGCUGUGAGGCCACAGUACUAACCAUUGAGCCUCCGUGUUGCCGCUCAUGAGGGAUAGUUUAUUGGAGAUCAUCUAAAAGCUGAAAUAAGAAAUAAGCAUACCAUUAAUGUAUAGUUUGUAAUAGGACAAUAAUUGGACGAGUAACAACAAUUUGAAAAUCUGAAAUCUGAGGGUUCAAAACAAUCGAAUUAUUGAGAAAAUCUGCUUUAAAGAUGUCUGAAUGAAGUUCUUAGCAAUGCAUAUUUCUUAUUAAAUAUUACAUAUUGAUAUAAUUAGGGUGGGAAGUUUGCUAGAUGUCUUCAUGGAAGAUGAUCUUUACUUUAAUACUCUAAAUAUAACAGAUAAUUAUAACUUGUAUGUAUUUUUGGCAAUUCUCACAAACUGAAUUGCUUUUGUGGUCCAGGGUCACAUAUAGAAGUAAAAACUUUUACAUGUUUGCUGCACAGUUGGCAUGUAAAUGUUCCCUCAGAAUAACAGCUGUUACAUUUUAAAAGCCAAAUACCACAUACAUUACCAAUAAUUCCUGACAUUAUUCUUAUGCACAGUGCCUUAAAUGAAGAUGUUUUCUAUCUUCACCUUGCCUAUUUUCACUGAAAAGUAGCAUUUCUUUUUGUGUAAGGAUGCAAGGUUGCUGAAUGCAUUCACAAAUGCUGGAAUUUUUAUUACAUAAGCAUACAUAUCUUAAGAAAUGAGAGCAAUCCGAUUGCGUUUUUGAAGAUGUACUCGUUUAGAAAUGGUAAAAAAGAAAUGUAAACUAAAGUUACACACUACAAAAUAGUCUUAAAAGCUAAACAAGUGCAUAGUUUAUAAACUGUGAAUGAAUAAUGAUGAUAAUAAUUAUAGCUCUUGACCACUUUAUAAAGGGAAACAUAGAAAGCUUUUAUUAGGCUGGAUUCAUUUUCAAAAGCUGUUUUUAUCUUGCUUUCACAUUUGUUUGGUUUGAAUACGUAUACUAGACAAUCAGUCAUCAUUGUACAUCCAAAACCACUCAGUUUAAACGAUGUAGACUGGGGCUAGACCAAAACAUGUAAUUAAAUUUUUAUAAAACUAUCUGUGGCAUGUUGUAUUCUUUGAAUGUGCAUUUGUGUACACGUACUGCUUUAUUGAUAUAUAUCUUAUUUUAAAAUCAGGUAAAUAAAUGAAUUCCUGCUGUAUUU